AUGAGUUCGAAAUUUGAAAAUGGGAUUCCUGUACAGCAGUUCGUUUCUCGCUUUCAGUCGUAUUCGUCAAAGUUCCUUUUCUUUCCUUGUCUGUUAAUGUCUCUUGUUUUCAUGCAAUGGCUAAUCUCAAUUGGUUCUUAUUCCGGUCAACACUCUCCUCCUAUGUAUGGAGAUUUUGAAGCCCAACGACAUUGGAUGGAGUUGACUCUGCAUUCUCCUGUUUCAAAAUGGUACUAUGAAGAUCUGGAAUGGUGGGGAUUGGAUUACCCUCCUUUGACUGCAUAUGUCUCUUUAUUAUUCGGGUUAAUUGGUCACUACUUCUUUGAUCCUAAGUGGUUUGCUCAUAUUUCUUCCAGAGGGUUCGAGAGUCUUGAUUUGAAGCUGUAUAUGAGAGCUACCGUUAUCCUUUCUCAUCUUCUUAUAUUGGUACCACCCUUGAUAUUUUAUUCCAAGUGGUGGUCCAGACGUGUUCCUGACUUUGUCGAACGUAAUGCCUUGCUAGUAAUGGUUCUUUUCCAACCAGCUUUACUACUUAUCGACCACGGUCAUUUCCAGUAUAAUUGUGUCAUGCUUGGUUUAGUCAUGUACUCAAUCGCAAAUCUUUUAAAAAACCAAUAUGUUGCUGCUACGUUUUUGUUCUGUUUAUCUAUUUCUUUUAAACAAAUGGCUUUAUACUUUGCACCUUCCAUCUUUGCUUAUUUACUCGGUGUUUGUUUCAAGCCCCAUUUUCAGUUCUCCAGAUUGCUUGGCUUGGGAAUCACUGUCGUAACUACUUUCGGUUUAGUCUUCUUCCCUUGGAUCUAUAUUGACUACAAAGUAGAAAUACCUCAGGUUGUCCACCGUAUGUUUCCUUUUGCGAGGGGAUUGUUUGAAGACAAAGUUGCCAAUUUCUGGUGUGCUGUCAAUACAUUGUUUAAAGUAAAGGAGUAUUUUACUAUGCAACAACUACAAUCCCUAUCUUUGUUGUUUACUUUAAUCUCAAUCCUUCCGUCUUGUAGCGUUCUUUUCUUGUAUCCGCGAAAAAGAUUGUUAACCCUUGGUUUUGCAAACGCUGCCUGGGGUUUCUUCUUGUUUUCUUUCCAAGUUCACGAAAAGUCUGUGUUAAUUCCCCUGCUGUUAACUUCUGUUAUACUUUGUCAUGGUCAUUCAACUACAAAAUCUUGGAUAGCUUUAGCAAAUAACGUCGGCAUGUUCAGCUUGUGGCCUCUUUUGAAAAAAGAUAACCUCGGAUUGCAAUAUUUUAUUGUUUUAUUUAUGUGGAAUUGGAUUGGUCAUAUGUUCGUCUUCUCCAAAAAUAUUAUUUUUCGUUAUUUACAAAUGUCAUUUUACUUGGCGAUGAUUAUAUUAUUCGCUCUCGAUAUAUUUGUAACACCUCCUUCUCGGUAUCCGGAUCUAUGGAUAGUAUUGAAUGUUAGUCUCUCUUUUGCUGGAUUUGUAGUUAUAUAUUUAUGGACGCUGUCUAGACUACUUUACAUUUCUAGCAAAUUAUCAACAGAUUUACGAAUGAAAAAGCAUGCGUAG